AUGAAAUUAAUCUUUCUUCUUCUUGCUCUUGCCAUUGGGGUACAAGCAUUUGGAGCUACAGAGACUGGGGUGUACGAAGAGGUGGCUAAGCCACAAGUUCUGAAAGCAUGGCCUUGGGAAUUCUGCUCUGUAAGAUCAGCAGUCACCGGAUUCUUUACAGGUACUGAAUCAGACCCUGACUAUCCAAACUCAAGAUGUGUGACUCGAUUCCCAGAUCUUCAGGAUCAAUUUUCGUUGGUGGUUAAUAGUGUUGGUCCAAAUCUUCUAAUUCCAACUAAUUUUGUUGCUUGGCUGAAUACUAUUGUUACACUCAUCGUCAGAUAUGGAUACUGGCAAAACUACUGUGUGUUCUCUACUCUCUUCACAAGACUAGACAACACUAUUCAGAACCGUGAGGGUCUCAUUACAGCUCUUUCAAGAGGAGUCUUCCAGAGUUCACUCAUUGAGGCACAGUGGUCAGAUUUCAGGAAGUUCAUGGGUGAAGAAGACUGUUUCAAGAUGUCCAGAGCUUUCGGAAUUAUGUUUUCAGUCAUUUUAGACUUUAAUGUCCCUGAGGACAUUGUUUAACUUUUUGAUUUGAUAAAGAGUUCUAAAAAUAUGUGAA